AUGAAGACGAAGGAAAUGAACGCAGCUGGGGACCACCAGAAGAACAGCAGGGCGAAGGGCAGUGGAUACGAAGAGGCCAAGAAGUUAGCUGUCGCUUAUGUGUAUGUUGUCGAUGCGAGCAGAACAGCCGCAGAAGUUUUCGAGGUUACUAAGCACUGCUCUCUUCGGAAGUACCCAUGGAUGGCUCGCGAGGAUCUGGCACCAUAG